AUUAUAUAUACCACCAUACACAUACAAGUGAUUGGUGCUUUUCUCUCUGUCUCUCUCUCUCUCUCUCUCUCUCUCUGUAAGUUUUCAUUGUUUUGUGGGUGGUGGUUGUGAAUUAGGAGACUGAAAUUGGUCAGGUUGAAAAUGGGAAGGAAAUGCUCACAUUGCGGGAACAUUGGUCAUAACUCAAGGACUUGCACUAAUACCAUUCACAAAGGGAUGAGUCUUGUUGGUGGGCUGAGGCUCUUUGGGGUCCAACUACUUCACACUUCUUCGUCUUCUUCUUCUAUUGCCAUCAAGAAGAGUUUCAGCACGGAUUGCUUGUCACCUUCUUCUUCUACAUCUUCACAGGUUUCCAUGGAUGAAAACACUAAUGAUCGUAAGAUACCUAAUGGGUAUCUCUCCGAUGGCCUUAUCAGCCGAUCUCAGGAAAGGAAAAAAGGUGUGCCAUGGACUGAAGAGGAGCACCGGAUAUUCUUAGUUGGGCUUGAAAAGCUCGGCAAGGGAGACUGGAGAGGCAUCUCCAAGAAGUUUGUGACAACAAGAACUCCGACCCAAGUUGCCAGUCAUGCCCAGAAGUAUUUUCUUAGGCAAAACUCUCUCAACAAGAAGAAACGCCGUCCCAGUCUCUUCGACGUGCAGGUGGGAAAGGACAAACUGGUUGUCGCUAACACUUCCAUGCCCCAUGAAGCUUCAAUCUCAUGGGGUUUAGGGCAGACAAAUGGUUCUAUCAAAGGUUUUGAUCAUUCCUCAAGAGAACAAGUUUUCAAAGCCAGCCAACCUUCCAUGCCUGUAUGGGUAUAUGGGUCAUUUCAAACAAAGUCUAUUACAGCUUCCAAUUUAACAAAGUCCACUGUUCAAAAUGCAGCACCUGAUCUAGAGCUCACACUUGCAGCUACAAGGCCACUGAACCCAUCAGUAUGGUCUACAAAAAUAACCUUGCGAAGUUCAUGCUAAUCAAUGGACAAACACUAUAUAUAACUAUACAUAAUAUAAUGAGAAUGUAUACAUAUCUGUGUAUACCGUCUGAUCACUAUAAUUUUAAAUAACAGUAUUGGGAUAAGUGACGGUAUCGGUCUCAACAUGGAGUGGCCCCUCUUGAUAUGCUGAAAUUACAGUUAAAAAAGGGCUCAGUAUAUGUGAAUUGUAUGGUUUCAUUAUAAUGGGAUAAAUACUGAGGCUUAUGCUCUGUUCAUCAAGAAAAAAACCAGACAUUUGUAAGAAAUGAGUCAUGUUAUAUAUAUAUAUAUAUAAGGAACUUUAUUCUAGCAAG